AUGGAGGACUCCCUUUUGAAAGGGACAGAGGGCCUGAUAUGCCAACCGGACCCAACCGACAGUGAAGUCUGUUGUCUCCCCGGGGCUCGGGUGAGAGACUUAGCUAAGAAAGUCAAGCGCCUGGUACGGCCCACCGACUACUACCUGCUACUGGUCUUUCAGGCUGGGGGGAUCGAUGCUGACAAGCAGGCUCACCACAUUAACACGUGGCUUCAGGACUGGUGCAACCGACAGAACUUUGAGUUUUUCAAUCAUGGGAAGGUCUAUGUGACGCCAGGCCUGCUGUCACCAGACGGGAUGCACCUCUCAGAGAGGGAGGAAGACUACGGCCUUCAUCCUCACGACCACCAGGAGGUCCGAGACGACCCCCUAGCAACAUGGCUGCCCACCGUUGAGCUCGUGCGGCAGCGGCCUGGGCGAGCGGCAGCCGCGGGCUCCCCGUCAGGGCUCCGGGAGGUGGGGGAGCGGCAGGGGCAGCGCUGGGCGGGGGCGGGGGCGGGGGCGGGGGCGGGGGCGGGGGUGGUGGAGGCGGAGGCGGAGGCGGAGACAAAGGCAAAGGCAAAGGCAAAGGCAAAGGCAAAGGCGGGCACCGUGGCCGUGGUCAGGCCUGGGUUAAAGCCCGUGGUGAUAUCCUGGGACUGUGACCUCUCAGGAUCUGUGAGUGGCAGCAGGCUGCACAGAUUUUGUGACGUCAUUGGUGUGCAUUUCCUUAUGAGCACCGGUGACAUCACCAGGCCUGCCCCAAAUAGCCACAUUGUGAUCUGUGACACGACCAUGUGGCUUGAAACCAAGAUCUGUGUGUGGCGAGUAUGGCCUCAAGCCUAUUCUGAAAUAUUCGCAGUGGAUCUGCUUUCCCCUACUGUCCCCAGCCAUUCCCAUGUCUCCCAUUCUCAACUGUCCACACUUGUGCCUACAUCCUUUCUCCUUUCUGCCCCUUUUUCUUCCUCCCAGAAGUCUGAGAAGGCACACCUGGGCCCGACAGACCUAGAUGUGGUGGCCAUGGAGAGACUUGAGGCAGCCCCAAUCCUGCAGGAUCGGCAUGUUGUUCUGACAGAUGUUCUGCCGGGGCCCCCUGUCAUUCAGGAUGCCUACAAAGGGGCCCUGGAACUGGGCCAGGAGCUAGACCUGACCCCAGGGCCACUCUCAGCCCUGUUGGGCAUUGUGUAUCAAACCAUCAUCAUGUGUACAGAGACACCCUUACUGGAUGUGGAGGAGUGCUACACCUACCUCAGUGAGCUGCUUCUGCGCCAUGCUGUGCAUUGCCCUCCGGUCAGUGCAGCUGUAUUUGGGCUGACCCAGGUUGCCCACAUCGCAGCCCAUCUCCUCGAAACAGUCCUUCGGCAUGCCAGGCUCUAUGGCUACAUCCUCACACCCCAGACCUGCCUUGACCUGACUCUGGUUUAUGUGGGGAGCCCUGAGCAUGGCCAAGAGGUAGAGGUGUCCACAGCCCUCCUCCAGGAGGAAGGAGAGAUCCCUGGGAACCCCAACAAAGGGUCUUCAUUACAGGAGGUAGUAGUGGCUGAGCUGGUCCAGGUAGCUCAAGGUUGGAGCCAAGAAGUGGAGGCAGGGCUCCUGUGUGGUCAUGAUCAACGUGGGACCUGCCUGUCCCCUGCAGAGAUAAGCAUGACCAAGGAGGAUGCUUCUGGAUCCCACCAGACCUCCCCCAGGAGCAAGAAACACGUUGGAAAACCCCAGGGAUCUUGCCAGGGAAAUAAAGGCCUUGGACUGUGCCAGAAUCUCUGUGUUGUCUGUGGAACCUGCCCCAUGUCCCAUAGGAUUCUCUUAGGACUCCCUCUGGGACACCUCGGGGGAACUCCUCUAUCUACUGGGGCGAGCUGUGAGAUAUAUGAAAAGAUUUCAGCUGUCAUCCAGGACCAGAGGGAGAACAUGAGGAAGUGGGAUGAGAAAAUCUAUCUUGACACUAUAAGCACAGGACCCUGA